ACCGAAUCAGUUAUGAGUUAUCCAAUUUCUUGCAGUUCACAAGGGACUGACGAGUUAGCCUCAGAUCACACGGGAUGUCUUGAAACGAGGGAAAAUGGCCCAAGAUCUUUUGGCAGAGAUGACGAAUCGUUGUCUGAGUCCGAGCGCAGACGUUCUGAUCAUGAUAAUGUAGCAAGUGGCAAUAAGCGCGAAGUUGAGAAAAGUAAACAGAGACCCAACCGUGGAACGCUUUCAAAUGGCGAACGUGACACUGCAACAAUUUUUCUCAACGAAGAGCAGUCCCAAGCAGUUAUUCACGUGAUCAAUGGACAUGAUGAGCCAGUAGCUUACCAACAGGAGAAUGAUGAGCAAUUCAGUUACCCCACUAUUGCUGUCUCGCAAGAGAGCCAGCAAACAGUUAGUCAGCCACAGCCAGAUGAGGAACAAGGACUGUUCCAGUGCCACCAAAUGUAUGAUUGUGCUCUCGUAAAUGCAGUGAGUUCCAUGGGUCCCACUCUGCAAGCCAUUGAGCAUACCUGUAACAGGGAGGAGUUUCGGUUAUGGAAACAAAAACUUGACGGAUAUGACGCACAGAAAGCGACAAGGAACAAGAGAAAUUCCGGCGAAACAUUCUUCAUUGAGAUAUUGACACAAAUUGCACAGCUUCGCCAAGUUGACGAGGACGGAGUUGCACCCGCCAUCUUCAGCCCUGCGAUCUAUUCUGACAGCUUUGAAUACAAGGUGGGCAUACGACUACACCCGAAUGGCGUAGACGAAGAGGAAGGCAGAUAUGUCGCUCUCUUUGUUCACAUGAUGAUGGGAGAAUACGACAACGCGAGUGAAGUGAGAUGGCCAUUUACUCAGAGAAUCACUGUGUCUAUCUUAGACCAGAGUGACGCCAAGCGUCACAUUAGCCACAUUAUACAACCCAAGCCACACCUUGCAGCUUUUCAGAAGCCAACUGAAGCAGUCAGUCCUACUGGAUAUGGUUUCAUUAGGUUUGCUCCUAUCGAGGAGGCGUUUAGUUCUCCUUAUGUAGAAAAUGAUAGGAUGUUUAUCAAAAUUCAGUUUUCUGCCUAGCAAUAUUUCUCUCUCCAGUAUUAAUACUUGAUUUGUUUGUCAUUCUUUUGGCACUGAUUUAGGCGCAAAAUGUUUUAGUACAGUGUUUGUCUGAGGUCUGAGGUCUGGCACUGGUGGUCUUCAUGAUCAGAAAAAGCAGUGCACAAAAAUAUAGUUUCCAUUGCCUCACUCUGUUAGAGAAUGUACAAAACUACGUGCUGUAUACUGUUUUCUGUGAGCUUGUGGUUUUUCAAUGCCUUCUCAGUGGAAGCCUGUUUGCAGACGACCUUCUUGUAUGCGUAGAAAGCGAGGCAUAAAAGACAAAGCACUAAGUGAAAAGUAUAAAAUGCAUACAUAUACUUCUUUUAUAAGGUAUCGACUGGUUCAGGUUAAGUAGAGAAGCUGCGGGCAUGAGUAAGGUCGAGUGGAGUAACCUCCACGCUAAAAACUGAAAUGAAUGCGAGCGAUCUCCAAGGAGCUCUGUCAUUCAUUUGGUUUUUCACUUCCCGCUAAAGAAUCAAGGCUAUUAUUUUGAGCUCUCGAAGUCAUGUCAUCUUCUCCGACUUAAUCAACUUUCAGCCUAUUUUUUUUUAUUAUCUCCGAGUUGUUCUCCAGUUGAGCGCAAUUGUGUGGCAAAAAUUAACCCACAGAGUACCCAAAGAGAUGAAAUUAGAUUAGACAUAGUUAAAGACAAAGCUUUGCUUUUUACCUUUUGCAUUCUAUGUAGAAUGUAAUCGCAGCUUGCUGGUUGAAACUGAUUUUCAUGGGAAAAUAUUUUUUAUUGGUAUAUAUAUUAAUCUAUGUAAGUCUCCUGUUAUUCUAAAUUUGGUCCUAUCAGGGUUCAGGAUUUCUCUUCUUGGAGUGUACUAAUUUCUACUGAACGUGUGACGAUUAUAUAAACUAUGCUAUUUUUUCAGCGAAGACGGAAUUUGUCUUUUACUACAUAGAGGCAAAUAGUUAACAAAUUAGCUAGGUGUUUACAUACCAUGUAAGUGAGAUGUCGCUUAUAAUUUGUUUAUCGGCUGUGCCUCAGUAAUUUGCGUACAAAGUAGUUGCUUUUGGGUCUUCACUUGAAGUCAAGUCGGCUAUGAAAAAGGAAUGCGAUGACAAUAAGUUGGUUAUGCCGCUUGCCAAGUCAAUCUGUCCUUUUUAGUACAAGAACUUUCUUGAGCUGUCGUAAGUCCUGUAGGUGUUAUGGGUAGUGACUGUGAAAAAAAAAUUAUCUAUAGAUUUAUAGAAUGCCUUGUAAUGAUGACUU